UGUAAUGUAAACUAGUCAAAAGUCAAAACUUCAAAGCGGCUUUUUGGCCAAAGUGUUAUUUUGUGUUUUGGUGUAUAUUAAAUGGACUACAACAGUUUCUCAUGUGAAAUUCUCGCUAUAGUUAAAUGAAGAUGAAUGCUACAAGUUUAUACACAUCAACUUCAAGAUUGAUACUGUUAGCUGACCCAGCGGAUAAAAGUUCUUGGUCCGAUUUAUAUCGCCUUGUUCCUUAUUUACGACAAUCAUUAUCAUGUACUGUUUGCGGAAAUUUACUAAAAGAGCCUUUUACUCCUGAGAGUUCCAAUUGCCAGCACCAUGUGUGUAAAAAUUGCAUAGGUGGAAGAAAAAAAUUAAAGCCCUCUUGUAGUGAGUGUAAGGAUUAUGAGGAUUAUACUGAUAACAGUCUGUUAAGGACUCUUCUUCAAUGUUACAAAAAACUUUGUGAGUAUUUUAUGGAUACAGAAACAUACAGAGUUUUAGUAGAAGAAGACGCUUCAGUAGUUGGGCAAAAUGGUGGUGUUGUUGCUAGUUCGGGUUUGAUAGAUUUGAUAAGAGAGGGGGCCCGUUUUGAUGAUGAUUAUAAGUGUAAUGCUGGCCUAUCAAAAUCAGCAUAUAGUAUUUUGCCAUGUGUCUAUAACUCUUCGUCAACUCAAACCCAGGCUGCUUCAUCAUCAACUAGUAUAGAAACAAGGUCUUCUAAUAAAUGCACCACCAAUAACAAAGAUAUAUCCAAUGGAUCUCCUUUAUAUUCAGUUAUGUAUGCAGGAUCUGGCAACAAAAUAACAAUUAAAAGAAAAAAUGCUGAUGACGCAGAAGUAACACAAAGUGAGAAUAGCUUACUAGAUGGCAAAACAAAUCAACUACCAUUUAAGAAGCCUUCAAACCGAUCACGCAACCCUGGUAGUAAAAGAAAAGGUUGCCGUUGUGGUAAUGCUACAGCAACUCCUGGAAAACUUACUUGCUGUGGUCAGCGUUGCCCCUGUUAUGUUGAGAGUAAGCCUUGUACCGAAUGUAAAUGUAAAGGUUGCAGAAAUCCACAUAGGGCAGAUGGUUUAAAGGUUCGUCCACACUUACCACAUAUAGAUACCCUACAAUUAACACUUAAUAUGAAUCCCAGCAGUUCACCGUCAUGUUCAGGAUCUAUGGACAGUCUCGAUACGGAUUCACUUACAAUGGAGGCCAUGGAAGAAUCUCUUGGGUUCAGUGCAGAUUAUAAGUCACCGAGUCUCAAAGUAUACACAAGCCAGAUACAAGAAGUGUCGGCAUCCUUACCAGCUACAAUAUUAAUGGAUGAAGAGCUCCCAGCCUCUCCUGACAAUUUAAGCUCUCCAUGUGAAUAUGCUCAGUAUUCUCCUAGAGGAACAAAUGAUACUGAGCUAUCACCACAAUCCACAGGCACACAGGAUAUAAUGAGUGACCCAGAAUUAGAUGCGUGACAGUCAAUUUCUGUUACAAAUGACUAGAAAACCAUUUUUAGUGAGGAUAUAAUACAUACUACAAUAAUACAUGCAGAUUACGAUAUACAGUUUCUCUCAGUGACAAAUGGUACAGAUUUGUAUGAGUGACAAAUAUUUAAUGUGAGUGCCACUUCUAAUCGAACGAUUAAUCUUCCGGACUUAUUUUUAACUUACAGAAUAAACUUUAAUGACCAAACAUAAUAACACACACACAUUGUGUUCAUUUUAUGUAUGCAUUACUUUGAUUUACUCAAAUUAAAAUGUCUAUCAAUAUGGUCUAAAUAGUAAAGGCCUCUUCUUGAACACAACAUAAUUAAAUACAAAUAUUGUAACUCUAACAUUAUUAUCGAUGUAAUAAUGUAUAUUAUAUAAAAGUAAAGAUAGGAAAGCGUUCUAAAUACAAACUGAAUGUUCUCAUUAUAUGUUUAAUAAUUUAACCUAGAGGUAUUGUAAAUUUAAUAUUUUUAUAUGCACAUAUAAUUAAAAAAAGGGAAUGUAUGACUUUUGUAUAUUUUAGUAUAAUAAUUAAUUUAUCACUAGCUGUUUAACCAUGACUUAUACUUUAAAUUACUAUAAUGGUACCAGCAAUUUUAUGGACAAAACAAAGAAGAAAAUAUAGACUUUUUAAAAUAAGUCUCAGUCAUCUUACUCUUAAAAUUCCUCAAUAAAAUAGUGAAUUUAUAAUUUUGACAUAAUUCUGGUACACUUUAUUUACCAACACACAUUGUGAUAAGAUAGUAAAACUAGCUAAUAAUAGUUUUUAUAUUUUUAAUUAUCUGAAUAUUAAAAAAUUUAAACUUUGUACAGUUCCAUUUCAGCGAUUAUGUUGUAAGUAAUGAGUAUUUUAUUUCUUGUAAGUAUAUAUUUUAUAAAUAGGAUUUAUUAUUUAAAAGUUGGCAUAGAAAACAAUUCUCAUGAUAAAAGCUUGAGUACAAAUAAUGAAGGAAUUGCCUAGAAUUUAUAGGUUUUUGAAUGAUGAAAACAAAAUUUGUUUUUAAAGCAAGAUUAAAAACAGUAUUUUUCUGAAA